GAGCAUAGUGAAGCAAGCGUACUCCAUUGCAUUUUUGGAGUAAAUAACUAUUCGAUUUCCAUCAUUUAUACAAUAUUCACGAUCAUUAAAUCAUUAUAUUUUUUAAGAAAUUCGUAGUCUUUACGUGAGAAUGAAACGAGUUUUGGAAAAGUUUGCUGUCGCAAGGAAAGAAUCAAGUCACGUCUCAUUCACUCGAUAUUCCACGUGUCGGUUAACAUUCUUAUAUUUUCUUGGCAAUUUCUUCGAUAACUCUGUGGCAGUUGAAGGAAAGAUGAUGGCUGAUCCUCAGAAGAAUUUGAAGACUCAAAUCCUGCACGAAUAUACGUCGAAUGAAACUCUACCACUGGAGGGAAUUCCGAGGACCAUGAGCCAUAAUUGCUGUUUUUGGAUCGAUUUAGUGAAAAUCAGAAUGCUGAUGAUGAACUGCAAAAAAAAGAGACGAAAAUCAUUUCAAAUUUUGAAUGUCAAAUUGAUAAUAAAGGGUUAUAAACAGGAUGCAUCUACCUGUAUAACGAUAAUGGAAGUAGAUCCAGGAAACGUGAACUGUAAGUGGAUUUAUCUCGGGGUAUAACUUGAACCAAGGGACACCGAACUGGACAACGGAACAAGGGAAUGAGUGUCCGAUCAUCAGGUGACAUGUGGUCUGUGUUUUUUAUUCACAUCGUCAUUGUUGUAUUCGUCUUGUGGGAUGUUAUUACCUAUACUGUUUCUGAUACACAAAAAUACAUCAUGCCAAAGGCGAGUUGUGUGGGUGUUGAUGAGGCAGUUAAGGCAGUAGAAGCCUACAUAGACAAUUUUCGAACGAAUGUCUUCCCAAAGAGUACUGCUAAUAUCUGGAAGGAGAUGAGCAAAAACUGUUGUAGUCAGAAAUGGAAACCCCUCAAUUGGUAUACGAAUGUUACUGGUGAUAGACGUAAAAUUUUGAGUAUGGCUCGA